UAAUCCAUUAUCAAGCAUUAUUCAUGAUAUAAUCUCAGCUUAGGUCUUUCACAAAUGAAUCUGUGUGAAUACUUGAAGACAAAUAGAGCUAAGCUCAUUAAGACAUUUUUUUGUUAUGUUUCCUUUUUUGGUUUGGGUGGUUGCUGUACACUUUUAGGUUCAUCGUUACUUGAUUUAUCAAUCAGUCUAAAUGCAGAGUUCAAGGAAGUGUCCGGCUUGGUUCCAAGUCGAUCAAUCGGUUACAUUAUUGGUGCAGUAUUGUCUGGUUUUGUUGGUAAAUUUGCUGGACCUGACUUGAUUUUAUUUUUGACUAAUUUAACUGCUGGAAUAUUCAUUGCCUUGGCUCCAUGGUUUAGGCACUUUGCAGUCAUCUAUACUUGUCUACUUUUAUCUGGAAUCUCUCAAGGAAUCUUCGAUAUUUUUACAAACACUUACACUCUUGCUAUUUGGGGAGAUAAGGCGACUAAUUAUGUUCAAAUAUUGCAUGGUUCCUUUGGUCUAGGAUCACUUCUAACUCCAUUAUUGAUCAAACCUUUUUUAUUGCCGUUGGCUCAAAACGAAGGAAAUGAAACACAAAGUGAUGCAUUUCUUGGUGAUUACACUCCGGAUGAUGUUAUAAUUCAAUAUCCCUUUAUUGUUGUCGGCGUUCUACUGAUUUUCGCAUCAAGCGGUUUCUUAGUAUUUCACUUCAAAAGAAAAUCUUCAGAGAAAGAUAAACAAUCGGUUGAUGUAAAGCCUGAGGUUGAUCAUCCAAAAUGGAAAAUAGUUGUCUCUUUGACAGCCUUGGCAUUGAUAGCUCAUACGACAUUUGGUGUGGAAACUUUAAUCGGUUCCUUGGCUCCUUCAUUUGUUGUCAUCUCAGAUCUCAAGAUGAGCAAACAAGAUGGUGCUAAUAUGGUCACAAUGUUCUGGAGUCUUUUUACAUUUUAUCGACUAUUCUUCAUCGCAGCUACAAGUUGUAUAAAAGAGCGUUACAUGAUGUACUUCAAUUAUUGUAUCUUGAUAACGGCCAUUGUUAUGAUGUGUAUAAGUGGAGCUUAUAAUCAACUUAUUGCAUGGAUAUCCAUCGGUCUCCUUGGCAUCGGGUUCUCACCAACGUUCUCGGUGUCACUUGGUCUUUUGCAAAAAUACAUAAAUAUUUCCAACAAAUAUGCUUCUUUCAUUUUCAUCACAGCGGCUGUUGGGGAAUCAAUCCACCCUUGGAUUGUGACAAAAUUUAUGGACUCAAUGCCUGCAUUUUUCAUUUACUAUACGGCAGCUGUAUCUUUUGGUCAAUUAGCACUGUGCUUUAUUUUACCCUUCAUUCUUAAAUCAAUCUUCAGAAAAGAUAUUAAGUUUCCUCUUGAUAGAUCUGCUUCAAUCAGAUCAAGUCAACGAUAAAGCAUUUGUAAAAAUUUGUAACCGUUAAGUUCCCUUUCGCAUUUGAAGAGAGUUCAUUUCAACUUUUAACCUAAUAGAAAGAUUGUGGGGUAAGAUGAUUGAGCGAAAGACAUUUAAGCAAAAAUUUAAUCUCAAUUAAAUCUAUUCAAAAAAUUUU